CCCCUAUUUCACUCGUAGACUCAGUAGAGACUAGAGGCUUCGAGAGUCUGUGCUCUGCGAGACCCUAGCUGCUAAGCGCGCUUGCUCUGAGGUACAGCCAUGGGGAUUCUUUCUUGGUGGAGAGGCAAAGAGGCUCCCACGGUGGACACCAAGCCAAAAUCCGCUUCAAAAUCUGAAAAUCCAGCAGAGAAAUCAGAAACGCUGGGAAUGAACGGAGCGAUGGAGGUUCCUCGGCCGUCUGAUGUCACUGUUUUCGAGUUCGGUUCCGCCGUAGCUUCGGCAGAUAAGGUGACGCUUGCAGGGUAUUGCCCUGUUUCCGAAGAACUCGAGCCGUGCCGUUGGGAAAUAUUGCCUGCUACUGGCACCAAUGCUCCUCAGUUUCGGGUAGUUUUCUGAUAAUUUUGUAUACUUAUUAGUUUAUUUAUGUGGAAAAAUGUAAUGGAUGACCAUGGAAACUUGAGAAUGUCAGAAUUUUGAUAAAAGGAUUUUCUUUGUUUGAUCUUCCUUUUGAAAUUCUCUGAUUAUUGGAUUUGUUUAGGGUUUUUAUUUU